AUGGCGUUUGACAAACUGGCUUUCGUCUAUGUGUGCAUUGAGUAUCGAAGUUUCAGAAUGUCUGAGGGUGGGAGUGUGUCCCCACUGCAGACUGUGAUGGUGCAGUGUGGAGAGCAGAAGCUGCAGGUCAGGGCCCAGUUGGAUUUAUUUGGAACCAGGCGCCUAAUUAAUGCUGCUGACCCGACCCUGGGGACAGCAGGCUGUCAGCCAACCAGGGUCUACCCUGAGAACCACACUGUCCUCUUUGACUAUGGCCUGCAUGAGUGUGGCAGCAGAUUAACCUUCAUUUCAAAUUGGUUCCGCAUUCCUUCAUCUGUUGUCUUUCAGAUGACUGGAGACUUCCUGAUCUACACCACCCACCUGACCCACAUCCCAAACUAUCCUGGGUCUGUCAUUGUGAGAACCAAUGGAGCUGUCAUUCCCAUUGUGUGUCGUUAUUUGAGGACGGGCAACGUGAGCAGUGACCCCAUCAAGCCCACCUGGAUCCCAUUCAGCUCCACCAGGUCUGGAGAAGGGCAUCUGUCAUUCUCCCUGCGUCUAAUGAAUGGUGACUGGCUCACAGAGCGCACUUCAACUGUCUACUCCCUGGGAGACCUCAUUCACAUUGAGGCAUCUGUUUCAAUGGACAACCACUUGCCCCUGAAGCUGUACAUUGACCGCUGUGUAGCUACACUGAGCCCAGACAAGGACUCCAGCCCCAGAUACAGCAUCAUUGACUACAAUGGUUGCCUCGUAGACAGCAAAGCUGAGGACUCCUUUUCAACCUUUGUGUUGCCGAGAGACCAGCGGGAGCCAGACAAGCUCAGGUUUGACCUGGAUGCCUUCCGCUUCUAUGGAGAUGAACAAUCCUUGAUUUUCAUCACCUGUCACCUGAAAGUUCCUGCAGUAGAUCAGGGAGAUUCCAGGAACAAAGCUUGUACUUUCCAGAAGCUGCACAAGAUUUACUUCAUGGCAGUUACUGUCGGCGCAGACUCGAUGAGCCGAAGGGCCCUUUCUGUGCCGGAUGACUCUCCGGCCUAG